AUGUCAGAAUUGCAUUCUUUGCUGACCUUCCCAGAGAGGCCUAUUUCUCAGAGUUACUAUUUGCCAAAAUUGCAACAUUUCUUAAAAUCAGGUAUACCAGCUACAUAUACUUUAGAGCAGGUUGCUGCCUUUGAGCGUGAAGAAAAGAGCGAGUGCGAGGGUGAAGAGUGCAAUGCUGAUAAUAGCACUUCAAACACAACUCCAUUGCACAUCUUGGCAAGGUCCUUACCCUUGGAUAUUAAGAAUGAAGAACUGCAAGUGGUGAUGAAUAUGAUGAAUAUUCUUUUCGAGUAUGGUGCUGGAUGGAACUUCAUUGACUAUGAGGACAAAACAGUUGGCGAUUUGAUUUUGGAAAGAAAUCAAAGUAGGGAAAGCCCUCUUUAUAAACGUCUUGUAGAAGCUGGUGUCUCUGCGGAAUUACUGUUGAGGAAGCUCAAUGGCGGCGACGUCGAAUUCUUGGAUACAGAUGAACCAGAGGAUAUUAGCUCAGAAGAGGCCAUCCAAAUGGUAUCUGGUGGUGAGAAACAAGAGCCAGUUGUUAGUGAUGAUAAUGACGCUACCGCAGCAAAUCAACAAGUGUACUUGAAGACAAAACUAGAGUACAAAAACGAUGCCCUUAUCACAAAAGAAAACAAGGACGGUGUAAUGAUGGAUUGGGAAACCAAGAUUAUGGAAAUUGCUUCCGAAACCCUAUUUCCCGACCUCAAGGCUACUAGCUCUGCCACAGUUUUAAACAUUGGCUUUGGGAUGGGGAUCAUCGAUACAUUUAUCCAAGCUCAAAAGCCUUUUCGUCAUUAUAUUUGUGAAGCGCAUCCAGAUGUUUUGGCCAAGAUGAGAAAGGAUGGAUGGUAUGAAAAAGAUAAUGUGAUUAUUUUGGAGGGAAGAUGGCAAGACACCUUAAAUAAAUUACUAGAUGAAGGUGACGUUUUUUUUGAUGGUAUAUAUUACGAUACAUUCAGUGAACACUACCAAGACAUGUUAGACUUAUACGAUGUUGUAGUAGGUUUAAUUAAACCAGAAGGAGUUUUUUCUUUCUUUAAUGGACUGGGCGCCGACAGAUCGUUGUGUUACGAUGUAUACAAAGAAAUUGUUGAGAUUGAUGUUGCUAAUUAUGGCAUGAAAUGUGAUUACACCAAGUACUCUCUGGACGAACAGCUGCCAGAUUGGAAUGACGUUAAGCGGUCAUACUUUAACUGUAACUAUUAUUAUCAUCCACGUAUAACAUUUGUUUAA